AUGGCACCCAUCAGGUUAGGCGUGAUUGGGCUUUCUGCUGAAGGCUCCUGGGCUGCUGGUUCUCAUUUGCCUUAUCUGCUGCAAUCCUCGCACUACCAGAUCACGGCUCUUCAAAACAGCAGCAAAGCCUCCGCGGAAAGGGCCGUUCAGAAGUACAGUCUCCCUGGCGACGUCGCCUGUUAUGGCGAUGUGGAAUCUCUGGUCCGCGAUCCGAACGUCGAUAUGGUCGUUGUUUCCGUCAAGACUCCAACGCAUUACGGACUAGCGAGGCCCGCGCUCGAGGCCAAAAAGGACGUCUUUGUCGAAUGGCCUCUUGGCGCAAACCUGAGAGAAGCAGAGGAGCUCACGGCUCUCGCGGAGACGCAGAAAGUGAAGACCAUGAUCGGGCUUCAGGCUCGUCAGAAUCCAAGUAUCCGCAAGGCGAAGGAAAUGGUGGCUUCAGGUGAACUGGGCGAUAUCCUGGGAACGACGAUGCUCGGCUCAGGUGUGGUAAUGGGUCGAGUUAUGCCCGCACCUCUCGAAUACGAAUUGUCCAUCGACUCCGGCGCAAACCUGGUCACCAUCCCUGCCAUGCAUGCAAUCGAUGCACUUUGCUUUGUGCUUGGGGAAUUCAAAGAUUUGCAAGCCACUCUGGCGAAUCACCGACCAAAGAUGCCCCUAAUCGACCCGACUUCUGGCCAAACGCUAAAAAUCGGCAACAAGACCUGCCAUGAUUAUAUGAGCGUGACAGGAUCUUUGGCGCGGGGAGGUGUGGCGACGGUCGUGUACCAAGGCGGCCACUCCCUGACGGGCAAGGACUUCUAUUGGGAAAUCAACGGAACCAAAGGCAGCCUGAUUCUUGAAGCAGCCAGCGGACUUGUCGAGAUGUUCCACCCCAAGUUGGAGUUCGUGAGGGCAGACCAAGAGGGAUCGUUCAAAUCGUUCAAUGACGGACGAGGCCCACAACCAGAGGAGGUCAAGGUGGAAGUCGCGUCCGAUUUUGCGUACAAUGUCGGCAAAGCUUGGGAUGCGUUCGCUGGUACGGGGUCCGGGACCGUGACCACUUUUGAAGACGCCUUGGUCAGGCACAAAAUGAUUGAUGCGAUAUAUAGAAGCAAUGAGAAGGGGACGAGGGAGACGUACAUCUAA